GCCCUAACGACCCAACAACAACACUUCAUCAUCUCCGAACAACUAUACACAUCAUUUCAACACCUGCACUCAGGUCAAUCUAGGCCAGAGCAAGGAUAGACAACGGAAGACCUUCUCACCUAAACCUCUCCUCUUUCGAUCCCUGUGGCCCCGUGGGCUCCCCGUCCAGCCAGAUGGCUUCGGAUGAUGCCCUACCUACGCUCAAGAUCUUGUUGAUCGGGCCAUCAGGUGCUGGAAAGUCGGCAUUACUCAUGCGAUAUUGUGAUGAUGAAUUCGAUCCUGAUACGGCAGCUGCAACGAUUGGUAUCGACUUCAAGAUCAAGAGACUUGCGGUCCGUGGCAAACCAUAUCGGUUGACGCUGUUUGAUACGGCCGGACAAGAAAGAUUCCGAACUCUUUCAACCAGCUUCUACCGUGGUGCCCAUGGCGUUAUUCUUGUCUACGACAUUUCCAACAGAGCAAGUUUCAUGUCCAUGGAACGAUGGUUUGACGAGGCCAAAGCCAACACCGUAGAGGAUGUGGCUCUGUACCUGGUCGGAGCAAAACUUGACAAAGCAGCUCGCAGCCGGGAGGUGACAUCCGAGGAAGGCCUAGCACUAGCAGAACAACACGGCGCAAGCUUCUGCGAGGCAAGCUCCAAAACCAGCGAGAACGUCCGCCGCUCCUUUGUGGAAAUCGUCAACCAAAUCGUCCAGACGCCAGGUCUUCUCACCAACGCCACGGCAAAACGGCGAUCCGGGACGGUUGUGGUUGACAGCACCACCAACAACGGCUACUUCUCCCUUCCGAAUUGUUCGUGCUAGAUGGGACGCAUUUUCACGUCUUCCUCCGCCACCCCACAGCCCGGCGGCUCCUCGGCGGCCGGGGUUGCUGCUCUGCUUGAACACACAUCACAAGAAACGAGUUCUGAUACCCCCCUUCGGCCUAUUCAUGAUUGGCCACAAACGCAUGUUUUGAAGAUUUCCUUAU